AGCCCCAUCUCUACACACAAUUUUGUGCCUAUAUGAUGUGAAAAAACAUAAUUUCUCUGUUAAUAACAUGUGCAUACAAGAAUUCCGGGCGAUUAUUUACGUUAGUGAAAGUUUGAAUUUGAAUAACUUAUGACUUUUACAAUGGUGUGUCAAAAAAUUUAUGACUUCUGUCAAAAACAUGUGUUUGUUUUUGAAUCGCUACGUACCGGAUUUAGUUCAAUAACGUGCAAUUUCUAAUCGACCACCUUACGGACAAGGGGCUAUUAGGAGAUGCAGACUUACUGAAAGCAAUGCUUCAGUAUUUUCACAUGCAAAGUUUUAGUUUGAGGAGUUAAUGAUGCCGCCUGAUCAAGCGAACGUGAAAGAAACCGCCAUUCUUUAAGAUACAGAUUUAAUCUCGAAGAUGUCUGGAGGUCCACCUCAUCACUCUCACUCCAGGCAACCACCCUCACCCAAUACAGCAUGGAAUCACUUGCAGGUGCCCAAUUAUUAUCCGCGACAACCUCAGCAUGCGCACAUGUCGAAUGAGCAUCCACUCUUGCACCAAUCCACGUGGCAUACACCUACAACGGAGCCAGUAAAAGCAAUGCCGCACUCGCACCUAUUCAAUUUGGAACAAAUGAUAUCAGAGCGGCCUUUUCCUCGUCACUCGCCGGGGGUCGACUUAAGCCUGCAAAAGAAUGGCAAUCAAAACGGUGAACUACCCACCACCCCAAUUAGCCUUAGUGUUCGCGACGCGAAUAAAAUAAACAGUUUGCCGGUCGGAUCCGCCGACAUUCAGGCGGUGGAACUGACAAAAUCCAUCAGUCCAAGUUUAAAGACCGUCAAAUCGAACAGCCCCAUCCUCAAAAUAUUCACCCCGUCUAGUCCUUCGCAUCCCAUUAAACCGCCGAUUAGCCCGAACAUUUCCAGUACGAAUACGAUAGAAAAACAGCAAGAUAGUCCGAAGAGCUUGAAGAGAUCGGCGAAACGAAUGGAUUCGAUUAUCGAGCGAUUAAAUCCCGUUAUCGAACGAGAGAGGCGAGUUUCGCCCGAAAAGGAAAAGGCCCAGUCUGUGAUUGUACACCCACUUUCGUAUGUGGAAGAGUCGCCAACCGUGCGCGCCUCCAAAGAGGAGGAGGUGACGUCGCCGUACAGUAACGAAGACAGCACCGACAGCAGUAAAUCGCGUCGGAAACGAAAACCGGCAAAGACGAUACGUGUAUCGAAAGAAUUUGAACUAUACGACGUCGAAAGGGCGAUCGUUCCGCAGUUCGUCGACGAGACUAAAUCGGAACAGAGACGAUCGGGCAGCGCACCUCCGGGCAGUCCGGUCCAGCAGCCGAGGAUUCGGAGGAAAACCUCAUCGGAAUCGGAAACGAUAGCGAACAUUGCGGCCAUGAUCGAAAUGUCCAACCCCGAAAAGCCGGAGGAGAUCGAAUCUCAGUGCGUCCCGAAGCCGAUGUCGGUCAGCGUGAUUAUAGGUAAGGAGCGAGAGGUGGCGACCGCCAGUCCGGUCGUCAUUCAGACGCCCGCUCAGAAGAAGAUGACCGAUUUCGUCGAGGUCGAGAACAAAUUGGAAGAGAUGUUUGCCGGAAUUACGGACGACAACAAUGAUUCGCCGAAAGUGGAAUUGGACGAUGACGAUUCCAAAAUAUUGGAGUUGGACGAGAGUAAAGCGGAAGACGACGCCGUAGUUCAGUUGGACGUUAGUAUAGAUGCUGCGAGUGGUUUAAAUGACAGUGUUACCUCGACGUCAAAUGACUUAUGUACUCAGAAUAAACGUGUAAGACAAAAGUCAAGUAAAGCGAGGCGGUCUAGUGAUUCGACGUCUGUGGAUUUUUCGCCGAAGAAGAAGAAAGGUAGCAAAAAAUUAAAAACGGAAGAAACUGUGGGGAAAAUAAAAAUUAAUUGUAAAAAGCUUAAAAGUAAAGGGAGUGUGAAGCCGAUCGUGACAAAAGCAGACUUAGUUAAAGACGUGUACGCUUACGACUCGGGAAGCAACGCGAGCUCGAGUCGAUCGCGAGGCCCAUUCAUACAAAUCCGCGGGCCCAGAGAGUCGCCGAUAUCGGUUAACGUCGUGAACACGCCCACAAACGACGAGGAUACCGAAAGGAAGGUAAACAAAUCGAAAAAAUACCACGACGACACCGAAUACCGGCAUAAGGUUCGAUCGAGAGGCCUGCACUGUAGCACCUUAAGUAAUAAGUACGACGCGCAAACUCGGGACGCCUCGUGGAUCUGCGUGUUCUGCAAAAGGGGGCCGCACGCCACCGACCCUCACCUGUCGGGACCGUCGCGUUUCAACAUGAACGUGCAGAUUCCCGCACCGGGCGACCUCUUCGGCCCCUACAUCAUCACCACGGAUUCGCCAGAGUACCAGAGGAGGCUGGACGAUCCGUACGAUCAACAGUUCAAGAGUAAAAAGGUAUCGCGAGCGAUUAGUUCGGUCGCGAUCAAUAAGGCGAUUAGUAAAAAGUCGAAACGGAAACAUUCCGACUCGUACGAUAGCCGAAGCUCGUUCGAGGGCAACGAGGACGUCUAUCUGGGAAUAACCGAGACCAAGGACAAGGUUUACGAGGUUUGGGCGCACGAGAACUGCAUCGUGUGGUCACCCGGCGUGUACCUAGUCGGACCUAAGAUAAUCGGACUGGAAGAGGCUGUGUGGACUUCGUGUAACGUUAUUUGUAUUCACUGUCGAUAUCGGGGCGCUAAUUUGUGUUGUAUUAAAAGGGGGUGCGUCAGCGUGGUGCACUUUGGAUGCGCGGUCGCAUCCGAAUGGGAUUUAGACGAGGAGAACUAUAAAGCUGUGUGUGUCGUACAUAAGGCUCCCUGACAUUAAGAAUUUUUAAAAUUUUAUUCUUAACUUGAUUGUGAUUUUGUAUUAUAGUUACAAAAGUUUUAUAGUAUUAUGUACAUUUAUAAAAUGCUUUAAUUUAAAUCAUUUAGUUCUAACAGAAUAAAACCGAUGUAAUGUUAAGAGGUUGGUGAUGUCCCUGAGGACCAAUCGUAAAUUUCAAAACCACAAAGAUUCUAAAUUUUAUAGGUGUAGGGUAAUUCAAAGAUGUGUUAAAGUUAACGCCCAAUGCGGCGUGGGGUAAAGUAAAUGCUCUCUUUGUCAAACAUAUUUAUUUUUCAGGCUUAAAUUUUUCCCUGUUUGGCCGCCAGGGGGCGUUUCUCAAACUGAGCCAAUGUUGUUAUAGAGAAUUGAUAAAACAACUUUCUCAAAACAGUAAUAAGCUACUUUAACGUAAACUAAGUCUCAAAUGUACUGUAACAGGUAUUUUUGUCUAUGGCGCCCUCUGUAUAUUUUUUAACAUCAAUAAACAAGAAACUCCUGUUGUGGUAAAUUUUACCAAACCAACCACGACAGCUUAUUCUACAACUAGAAUUACUUUCAGAAAGUUGCUUGAGAAUUCAGUUUCUUACUAACAAAAAAAAAGAUGCGUCGCAACUAUCUUAGAGCAACAUUACGUUUGAGUCGGCCACUAAGAAAGUGGUUUAACUUGUCGCACUCUUCACUGCGCAUCCGAUUGAUCAAAGUAGUAUUACACAACAUGUGAUUUUGAAAUUUACACCGAUCCUAACUAGCAUAUCACGAAUGAUGUAGAUUUCUUUGUAAUUUGAAAUUUUAUUAUACACAGAUUUUUUUCAGGUAUUUUUGUACCCGUUCUUAAUAGAUUUUAUUGUAAAUAACGAAGGCACUUUUAAUUUGCUAACGUGCAGCUGUCGAAGUUUAUUUUAAUUUUCUUUUUUGUUAACAUUGACAUAUUUCCUACUACAGCCGACGUUUUAGUAUCGUGUUUAAAAAAUGUGAUUUUUUUAUAAUGUAGGUAUAGAUUAGUUAGCGAGAGAAAUUGUAAAUAUUUGUUAUCUCUAAUUUGUGAUUGUAGUACAUCUGGUUUUGAAAUUCUACGAUCAAGGACAUUUGGCCAGAUAAAUUCGAUGGAUUUGCCGUGUGUGACAUAAGAACAGAGUUCAACCUUACAAUUGUAUACCAAUAUACAAUUCCAUGUUAACGUUGUAUAGUGUACAUUUUAGAUAGUGUGUUGUACUAAUUUUCUUAUACAGGGUGUUUCGUAAAUCUGGCAAAUUGCCAGAGAAAUUCCCAAUUUAUUUAAAUCAAUCACUACGUACAGUAUUAUCGUUUUUUUUGUUGCAAGUGUUUCACAAAUAGUUUAUUAUUGUACACUCGAGCUCUGGCCCACUCACAGUUUGGUAUAGUUUCACAGAGCGGCUUAAUCCGUACAUGGUGUGCUCAACUAAUUGUUAAUAUUAAACAAAUUUCGUUAUACAAUAAUACAAAAAUUUAUAACUAUUACGUACGAAAAAUUAUUUUAUAAUUGCUGUAAAAUUAAGAAUGCUUAGUUAUAAUUUUGUCAAAAAAAAGAUGUAGUAAUAAUCCUGCGAAGAAAAGGUAUUGUAUUUAUUAGAUCUUUUUCAAAAUUGUAAAUAUAUGAUGAAUAUUUA